AUGGCUGCCCUCGCGGUGCCGCCUCCCGGGAUGGGGAGCGCGCUGGAUGCGAUGUCCUCGCAGCCGUUGAAUAGCCGUCGUCCACAGGCGCCGGCCCUGCCCAGCUUCGAGCUGCCGCCGCCGCCGUUUGGAUCCAAGUUUUCAUCGCAUCCCGGCCAUCCACCGGUGUCCCAUCCGCUUCCCAAUUCCGGAGACUCCGCCACGGUGUCACAGACCUUGGCACCGUCGACGGGGGUCUCGUCCGAUCUACCGCCGGCGUACUGGCCCCAGGCGUCGCCGUACGGCGCGGGAGCCGCCCCAUCACAGUGGGCGCCGGGGGUCAAUCCAUACUCCGCGCGCAAUUCCUUCUCUCCAUCCGGGGUGGUUGGCCGUCCCGGGCAAGCGACAUCCCCGCCGACCACGGACGGACUGUCGCAGUCAUUCGAGGCUCCUCCGUUGGCCUCGUUCCACCACUCUCUCCCCGCGCCACCUUCCAGUCUCCCUCCUAACGCGCAGCCGGUUUCCAUGUCCCUCUAUGCAUCGGGCCACGCUUCAACGCCUGCUCCUCUUCCCUCGAACGACCCUUACACCCCCAAAGGCCACGCCAUGUACGGCGCGAGUCCUCAUCAGGCCGGCUACUCUCAUAUGUAUGGCGGCCCGUCCCCCAUCGGACAUGCCGGGCUGGGCAUUCAUCCCGGACGCAUGCCCGUACAGAGCCCCGGUGCACAGCAUCACUUGGCAUACCCCCGCCAGCCAUGGCCCUCCUACUCUCUUCCUGCGAUGAACGGCCCGGUCAUGACGAACGUGCACAGCCCGAAUAGCCCCAUGUCGGUCAUGGGUGGCAUGCAGCCCGGACUGCUGCCGGGUUUCAACAGUGGGCAUAUGGCCAGCACCCAGCAUCUCUACGGUGCCCAUCCGCCGCCCCACGGUCUUCCUGCCCCGGCCGCGGACCGUCCAUUCAAGUGCGACCAGUGUCCCCAGAGCUUCAACCGCAACCAUGAUCUCAAGCGUCACAAGCGAAUUCACCUGGCCGUGAAGCCAUUCCCUUGUGCUCACUGCGACAAGAGCUUCUCGCGUAAGGAUGCAUUGAAGCGGCAUAUUCUGGUCAAGGGCUGCGGCAAAGAUGGUGAUUUAGACAGCAACCAGAUGGGAGCUGAUGGAUCCAUCAAGCACGAAGGACGCAGCGAAGACGGCAGUCCCGUCAUUAACGGGCGCGCCUAG